GGUUCGCAGUAGCCGAGGCGCGGCCCGAUGGAGCGGCCCGGGGCCCUGGGUGCGUGUUGUGGCCGCCGCCCGCCGGAGCUCUGGCUGGCGCUCGGGCUGGUGCUGCUGCUAGCGCGGACGCCGUCGGGCCUCGCGGGGGCCCCGGAGGAGCAGGAGCCCGUGACGCCGGGCACAGCGGCCCCGGCGGGUGGCGACCGCUGCCGCGGCUACUACGACGUGAUGGGCCAGUGGGACCCGCCCUUCAACUGCAGCUCCGGCCCCUACAGCUUCUGCUGCGGCACGUGCGGCUACCGCUUCUGCUGCCACGACGGGCCGCGGCGCCUGGACCAGAGUCGCUGCUCCAACUACGACACACCGGCCUGGGUGCAGACCGGCCGGCCGCCUGCGCGCGCCCGGGACACCGCGGCGCCCCGGGACCCGGGCCGCGAGCGCAGCCACACGGCCGUCUACGCGGUGUGCGGUGUCGCCGCGCUGCUAGUACUGGCCGGCAUCGGAGUGCGCCUGGGCCUCGAGAGGGCGCACAGCCCGCGCGCGCAGCGCACAGUGACCAGGACACUGACAGAACUUCUGAAGCAGCCAGGCCCCCAGGAGCCACUGCCGCCGCCACUGGGCCCACCUCUGGGCAGCUGUGUCCAGGUGCAGAUGGGUGAUGGUCUCCCUCAGGGUUCCCCACACAUCAGCACAGACAAGAAGCGCCCCAACAACGCGCCCCUGGGGUUGACGACACCAGGGCCCCCGAGCGGUCCCCGGCUGCAGGGCGGCGGCACCAUGACGCUGCAACCCUACUACGCCAAAUACACCACGCUCAAGGCCGCCGCGCUCAAGGUCGCAGAGGGCGCCCCCCAGGACUUCUACCAGCAUUUCUCUGCUCCGGAGCCGGCACCGCUGACCCUCCCAGCUCGGGCCCCGCGGCCUUCAGAGGACUUGCCCGCACUGCUCGACGCCUGCCCCUGGGCCCCACCGGGCUACACACCCCAGGCCGGCCCCGCCUCAUCUGGCCACUACAAGGCCUGGACAGCCAGCCGCCCCGCCCGGCCUGCCCCACGUAGUCACCUGGCGGCCCAGGCCUCCCCGGCACCCCGGCGGCCCGGCCAUACUCCCCGGCGCCAGAUCAGCCUGGAGAAGCUGCCCGAGGCCUUCAGUGCACAGCCUCCCAGCCUCUACAGCAGCUCGGGCCGCGGACCACGGCACCUGAGCACCAACAGCAAAGCUGAGGUGACCGUGUGAAGACUAGGACGCUGGUCCUCCAGAGGCAUCGCCCAGAGCCCUCAUCGGCCGGGGGCAGCUGAUGGCCCAAUCCAGGGCAUCAGACCGCAGGAAGAAGGAGCCUCGGCCCAGAAAGGCCAGCCCUCUGCCUGCCCAGAUUGGGUAGGGUGCCUUGGAACUUGAAGGUGUAAGAAAGGUCCACAGGCUCAGGCCAGUCGUCAGGCCAGCAGGCCCCAGGGCCGGAGUUCCUCAUGUAAAUAAACCCUAUUCUGUGGUUCCUGCCCCCAAGAAUAAAGAGGGUGCCCCAGCUUGGCUGGGCAGGCGCUGAUGGCAGUGCUGGCCACUGACUGGACAGACGGCAGUGCGACCAAGAGCACAGCAUGUGCAGCAGCAGAGGGCUGCUCCGGAGGGCUGGCACUCAGGUGUUGGGAGCCGGGGAAGUGAUGGAGAAAUGGCCAGGGUUGAAUGCCAAGCUUAGUGCCCACACCAGUAGGAGCCAUGGGCAAGGGGGCAUCUUGAGACUUGGGCACAGGGGAGAGGGCUGUUGGCCCCUUGAGGCCUCUUAGGGAGUCCAUGCCAUCAAUGGAGGUACCCCCACCCCAGGUCACCCACCCUACAGCCGAGUUAGCUGAGCCUGGUUAACAUGGUCUGGCUCUGGGCCAGCCCCUGGCCUGCUGGCUGUUUGGCCGGCUCAUCCUGGGGCCACCCCCCUAAUGGGCAUGGGCAAUGGGCCAGCUGGACAGCUGGUGCUCAGGGUGAGGACCUCCUUCCAGGAGCUGCUCUCGGGGGAGGGGGAUGAGAUGCUGGACUAGGAGGCUGGGCAGUGCCCCCACCUAGGUUCUCACACCAAACAUGCUUGGCACUGCCAGCUCCCCCUUUCCUGCCAGGAAGACUCCCGGUAUCUGGCUGUGGCCCAAAGCUUGCCAACAGCCUGUAUGCCUCUUUGAUGGGUUCUUCUGUGCCAGGUACUGUUGGGGAGGUGGCGGCUGCGCUACAGCCCUGGAUAUGUGACCAUGGCACAGCCACUCAGUUGGGCCUGUUUCCCUCCUGUGUACCUCGGCACCGUAUACUGUUCUGAUAACAACGGCAUCCAUUUGUUGCUGUUUCUCCCAUUUAAUCCUCACAAGAACCCCAAGAGGUGUGGCUUUUAUAGUGCUCACUUUAUAGAUGAGGAAAUGGAAGUUUGGAGAAGUCACCUGCCCAAGGUCACCCAGCUGACCCCAGUUCAGGACGCUCCCAUAUUCUGCCAUCACUGUGGAUCUGGUGGUGGAAUGGUGUGCAGUGGGGCAGUCUGGGGGAAAAGGGAAGAUCAUGAACGUGUGUGCUGGCUCCAGGUACAGGAGCCCUGUUUCAGACCUUCCGUCUGCUGGCUGGCCUGCCCCAAGGCCCCAGAAUCCACCAGGCCUGGUCCCAACUCCUAGCUGCAGGAGGGUUCAAUUCCCUCCCUCUUAAAGAAGGCUGUUGAGGGAGCCAAGGCCCAGAAGCCCCUGGAUCAAAUGGAGCCCAUGGUCCUGCCUGCAGUGAGUGGCCUAUAGCUUCCAGAGGAGGGUGGUGGUGGGCCCUGGGCCUAUCCCACAUCUGUGUAGAGCUGGGGGAGAGGGGUGGCUGCUGAGUCAUGGAGCUUGCCAAGACUCACAAAAGGAUCAGGCUCCUGGGCAUGUCGACCACCCACAGCCACCCACCCUGGUGACGCAGCCCCUGCCCCGGCUAUGUGGGAGAUGGGCACGACCCCUCCACUCUUUCUCAGCUCCGAGGGCCUGGAUCUCCGUCCCACCAGGCUGAGGCCAUGGGAAGUGGCCACCACUGAACAUGCUGAUGUUCUAACUGUGGGCAUGGACCAGCUGUGGCCGCCCUCUCCUGGCUGCUCCAGGCCUUCAGAGAGCAGAGGGGUUCAGAGAGCUGAAGGGAACCGGCCCAUUUCUCAGCCAGGGGAGCACUCGCCUGUGGCCUCAGCUGUCACCCCCCACCACCCCAGCCUUAGAAGGCCCAGUACUCUGCUUUCCAUCUGCUCCAUGGUGGUCCCCCCCAACCCCAGGGGUGUCCUAAACCAAGGCUGGCCUCACCUGCCUUACAAGGCUGCCAAAGAGCCCAUGACGACUGCUGUCGCGGGCAAGGGUUGUCAUUGCCAUUCAGAACAUAAGUACAGACUGAGAGGUGACAUCUCCUGCCCGAGGUGGCCCAGCUGGGAAGUACAGGAGCUGGGCUUCGUCUGACUUGUUGCCAGUGAGUGUCCUCAGAGGCUCACUGCCCUCGGGGAGGAAGAGGAGACUAAGGAGAGGGCCCCCAAUGGGGGGAGAUUUCUUCUGAGAAUUAAAGCACAGAAGGACUUAGCCUCAAAAUCCCAAAGGACUGUGUUAUCAGCCACCUGGCCAGCUCUACCUCUGGGUAUAAGACAAAGUGUGGGUAUGGUGACCUCUGACCCGAGCAGCAUCACCCAUAAUCCUUAUCACAGGCCUUUCCUGGGCCUGGAGUGUGGGCUGGGUGGCCAGCACUGGAACGGGCAGGCAGUGGGCAAGGAACGUCCUUUAGGCUGAGGCCCCCUGGGGGCUUCUGCCUCAUCAGCAGUGAUUGGGUGGGGGGCCCGCCAUUACUUUCUGGUCCACUGGAGGCCCAGUCAUCAGCCACCUGGCUAGUCCCAGUGGUCACACUACAGACCCUCAGACACCUCACGCUGGU